AUGACAGAUACUUCUUGCCAUAAACCCCUCAGCAUAAAUAACAAACUCGUGGAGAAAAUUCUUAAAGACAAGUUUACUUUAGCAACCACUUCAUUCUCUAAUGUAUAUCUUGGAGUUUGGGAUGGAGAGAAAGUUGUAGUUAAAUUCUUUCAUGAGAAAUAUAAGCCCCUAGCCCAAAAAGAAUUAUCACUUAUUUCUCAGUUUAACCAUCAAAAUAUCAUACAGUUGAUUGCCGCUGGACCUUCAGUUCCAUCAGAUUGUUCUUUCUUGGUCCUUGAGUAUGCCAAUUGUCAUUCAUUACAAAACGUGUUGUAUGACUUCCCUGGAGUCCACUAUACCCUGGUUAAUACUUUGAAUUGGAUACUGCAAAUUAGCCGCGCUUCAGACUAUUUACAUCAUUCAUGUUCCCCCUCAGUUAUUCAUGCAGAUAUAAAACCGUCCAAUAUUUUAGGCUUUGAUAGUCUGCGUUUAGUCAAAUUAAGUGAUUUUGGAUCAUCCAGAACUACGUUGUCUGAUGAACCUUCUAUUUUUGGAACUCUAUGUUAUAUGGCCCCAGAACUAUGGACAGUACAAAAUGGCGAAAAACUACCGUACUCAGAAAAAUCAGAUGUCUACAGUUUAACAGUUACAUUUUGGGAACUCCUAGCUCGCCAACCACCAUGUAAAAUCUUAGAAAGACGUGACGUAUCAGACAAGUUUUGGUCUUCUAUUACUCAGCGACCACCUACAUUAAAUGGAUGUCCUGAAUUACUAAACAUUAUUAUUGAGAAGUUGUGGUCGCCAACAUCAGUCCUCCUUUAUCCGGGCUUGGGACCGGCAGAAGCCCCAGAGGGAGCAACAGGUGGAGUCAAAUCCCAUUAUAUCCCUAGAUCAAACUUAUUGAUUCGAAGCAGCAUUUGCACGUAUACCUGUUUAUUUGGUUCGUUUGAACACAAACACUGGUACAAUGGAGCACCUAGAGUUCGAUGCGCCACACAAAUUAUUGACUUAGUGAACAGGCUGGGGUAUUGCACGGGUGCCCAAACCGAAGUAGGUGGUUAUCUUGGAAGGUCACUCCCCGAAAAUUUGACACAAACGUCUAAUCCAAAAAACAGUGGAGGAACAUCAGGGUAUGAAGUUCAGCGGUAGCCGUGGUUGGGCUGUAAAUCCCAAGAUGCGACCUACAAUGUUUCAACUGAGCAAAUGUUUUACUUCUGUAAUUGAACAAAUAUUCUCAGUGGAUAGCACUAUUGAAGGUGUUGAUAUUCCUAAUGAUUGUUUAGAAUUGUUAAGAAAGUCGUAGUAUGUUGGAUGUUAAGUGUGUAUAGUUUAAGGCAAUGUUUCCUGUUUUCUUUAACUUACAAGUAUAUAUGAAAGUUUCAGUGUCUGUUCAGUUACCUGUUUACAUUGCUAACACACAUUACAAAUAUUUAUCAUCCGAAGACUUACAGCUUCCUCCCAAUAUUUGUACUUUUAAUACUACAUACUUUGUAAACAUUUUCUUUCAGUUUCAAUCCAAGUCGUUGGUUUUUUGUAUUAUUAACCGGUUUGGGGCACUUGUAUUUAAUUUAAGUACGAAACAGCUCAGCAAUUGUUUUAGCUUCAGAACUGUAGCUAUUGCAGUACGCUAGAUUUUUCCACAAAUUAGUUAUACUUCUUCAUUGUAAUAGUGGUUGUUUUUCAAUUCCCAUGUUCACUUAGCGAUUGUGUGAAUACUCAUUUCUUUGUGUACAUUAACUACACCGCAUUCACCCUACUCCAACAGAGA